AUGAUUCUCUCUCUGCCAACUGAGUUGGUUGAGCUUGUCCUUAGAACCUGCGACACGACAAGCUACCUCCAGCUUGCCUUCAGCUGUCACACUCUGUUAUCCAUCGCAACAGACGGCCGAGAGCUCAUCACCCAUCAUCUCAGGAAUACACCUGGUCUGCCCGGCGAGAUCGAUAAUGGGUCUCUUUCCACUAAGCAAUUGUUCCGAUUGCUUCUUCAACGCUCAUACCGCGAACUGUACGGCGCAGAAUUCUACUCCCACCGCAAGCUUUUCAAAUUUGCAACCAAGGUGCUUGACCCCCGUGCUUCUGUACUUGGGUUUGGCGGUUCCGAUCAACUUAGUCUGGUCUUCAAAGACGAUGAAACUGCCUACGACUGCCGGACAACUACAGAAGGGUGUGUGCAUACAAGACUCAUUCGUCCACUGAAAUCGCCCGCGAGCAAGUUUGGAAGGACAGAGAUCCUUUUCACUGCCGAUGGGGGCACUAACACAGCUGACGGAGAACAUAUCCGUGGGACUUAUGUUCUGCACCGCCUCAAGCCAUUUAUUGAUCAAAGUGACACCGACCAUCCUUUCAUUCAGCAAGCAAUGCAGUCUAGUCCCGAUGGGACCAUUUUCCUUGCUCUCCACGCGGAUGACCCAGCUAAAGACGUUUGCAUUUACAACUUCCCCGAUGAGCGGGAAUAUGAGCCUGUCGCUCUCGCGGCUGCCCUGCUGGAGCCCUGGAGCGACGAACGUUUUAAAUUUGCUAUUUCGUGGCAGCAUCGCCAUCAUCACAAUGAUCAUCAUGUGAUGCUUUACACAGCCGCGGUAGAUGAUGAAGAGGAUGGUGAUGAUUCGGAGCAAGAUGAAACGAUCCAAAUGAAAGGAUCGAAAUACGAUUCUUCCGUCCUCACUGAGACCAUCGAGACCGAGGCCGAGAUAACCAACCAGGGGUCUAGUCAUGAAGAAAUGGAGAGAAGAGGCCCCGUAAUGAAGUUAGCUUUCACGGAUAAGUCGAACCAAUUGCUCCAUUAUCAUCGAGGGCAAACGCUCUACAGCUCGUUUCAAAGACUUCCAGGGUAUGGCACAGGAGAACCCAGGUUGAUCAACAAUGCCUGUCGAGUCAGUUUCUCAGACUCCUUAUCUCUGCAAUUCGCGAUCGAUCUUCCAUUCUUCGGCAAGCAUGUGCCAGGCAGCGAACUUCCGGGCGGCCGAUGUCACUGGCAAUAUCUCGCCGUUGGCAUUGCCACUCACCGAGUAGAGCACUGGACAGUCGCAUGCCUGCUCAAGUCUGAAACAUUCUCUGGCCGGUGUGAUCAUCAGCACGAUCUCGCCCGCGGGCGACGCUUCGACCAGUGGGAGAUCAUGGCCCGACUGGACGGAUAUCAUGAAUCGAAUACCUCGCACGGAUCUCUGAUCACUGCUUCUCCCCGUGGUACCCGGAUCGCAGCUGCUAGCUGGAAAACGAUUACAGUCUGGGCAUUGAACCCGGAUGCGUUGGUUGGGGGCAACGAGUGCGGUUUCUAUCCUCAAUCGUGGAACUCGCCAACGAACGGCGUCACGGAGUUACCGCCCAUCGUAAUUGACCUGGGUGCAGUCUGCUCCCAAAUUGCAUUCACGCCCGAUGAAAAUGAACUGCUUGCUGUCACUGAUCGGGGUCUUAUGAACCUGUGUCUCAAGCCGGAUGGUAGGGGGGUGGAGGUUAUUGAGAAAGUAACGUGGAUGGACCGUGAAGUUAGUGACGAAGAAGAUUCAAAGUGA